AUGCAGGCCCUACAGGAUCGAGCGGACAUUACCGCUCGUCUCUUUGCUGACCCUCACAACCCACAUCUGUACUACAAACGAGGCCUUGUCCACCAAACCCUGGGCUUUCCCGAUCUCGCAUCCGCCGACGCAUACCGCGCCCUCUCCCUACUUGACUCAGUCGUCGAUCCCGAUGGCUGCGAGUUUCACGCCACACGGCGCAUCCAAGACGCACCAGAUGCUCCUGCGGCAACUGAGGAGGACGACGAUGAUGAGGAAGAUAAUUUCACUCCCAUCACACAAGACGAGUACGACUCCAUAAUCGGGGACGUCUACGCCCUUCUCGUGCGUAGCCUAGUCGACUGUGGCUGUUUCCGGGACGCCUUCGAAUUUUGCGUGCGUGGACAGGGUCUUCUAGAGGACAUGCCACAGAACGAGCGCAACGCCUCCGCCCAAGCCGUGCUCAAGGACCAACUGGCCAUCAUCCGGAAGAACUACGAAGCCCGUCAAGGGACCACCACCGGAGACGCCAACAUCAACCCCAGCGCUCUGAACGCCCAAGGCUUCGCCCGCCGAGUCCUCUACCCCUGGAACGAGCACGAACCGGACCGCAAGUCCCCCGAGACGCUGCAGCUCCUGAACGAGCGCCUCAAAACCGUUGCGCCCAAAUGCGAAGUCCGCGCCGUCGCCUUGCCCGCUUUACACGGCACCACCACCACCGAGGACGAAGUCUCCGUCCAACUCGGCCUCUUCGCCAAAGAAGACAUCGCCCCCAAUGAAAUCAUCCUCCGCGAAUCCUCCCUCCUCACCGCCACCAACCGCCUGCACGACGACCUCUGCGACGCCUGCAACGCCCCGCUCCCCGAUCUCUCCUCCCCCAAUCCCCCCGUCGCGUGCGACGGCUGCGCAGACACCAUCUUCUGCUCGCAGGCCUGCCACGACGACGCACAGCGCAUCUACCACGGCGCCGUCUGCGGCCUGAUGGAGAACCUCGAAUCCAUCGGCAAAGACAUCCCCGACCCCAAGGACAAGGCCGAUUACCUCUACCUCCUUCUUCUGGGCCGCACGCUCGCCAUGGCCGCUACCCAGGAACUGCACCCGCUCGAUCUCCCCGAAGUGAAAUACAUCUGGGGCGAUUUCCAUGACCUCGACCUCAACGACACCAAUAACACUAGUGAAGACCCAACAGCAACCCUCCCCUUCUCCUUCCAGCUCAACAUCCUCCAACCGAUGCGUCUCCUCGAAGAAAUGGAAAUAGACCCCUACGCUGCCCUCCCCCGCUUCGACACCUGGGUCUUGAAUACCCUCUACGCUAAGUUCCGGGGUACUGCGUCGGGCCGGCUCUCGACGUGGGACGGUGGUCCGGAGCUUUGUGCUGUGCAUCCGCUUUGGUGUCUGGCGAAUCAUUCUUGUGAUCCGAAUGUGAGGUGGGAGUGGGGUGGUGAGAUUACGUUCCGGGCUAGGGAGGAGAGUGAACGGGCGGUUUGGAAGAGGGUUAAGGGUGAGAGUGAGAGUGUGCCUGGAGGAAGAAGGAGACAGGAGGCAGGGAUUAAGAAGGAUGAGGAGAUUCUUAAUCAUUAUUGUGAUAUUGGGUUGGAUGUUAAGGAGAGGAGGGAGUGGGCUAGGGGCGCGUUGGGAGGUUGGUGUUUGUGUGAGAGGUGUGUUUGGGAGGCGGGGGAGAAGUAA